UAGCCCGCUUCGCGGGCAGUCUUCGAAUCCUAAAAUCUGUUGGGUAUCAGUUUCUGUUUCAGUGAGUUUGUAAUUUGUUCCAUCAGUAUUUUUCCAGUUGGCGUUCGAAUCUUGCAAAGAAUACACCCAUUUUUUAAAUUAAAAGUGUCACUGUUUUCAUACAUUUUUACAGAGAACAACACGUCUAGAAAAUGUCUACGACAGAAGACCAAAUGGAGGUGGCAGAGAGUGAAGACAGUGGUGUAGCCACAGGCUCAGAUACAAUGAGUACAAGUAGCGCGGCAAGUACCGCAACUCUCGUGGCCUCCCCUCCCCCUUCUGUUGACGGAGACCUGGGCACUUUUGACUCUGGUCUUCUCAGUCCUACAAGUGUUACGUCAUCGACCCAGUGGUCAAACAGUGGAUACCAGCAUCACGUGACCGGAAACAUCCGGUCUGACGACCCCUCCCACCACGGCCACCCUAAUGCUGCCCACAGUGGCUUAAGUUCCGAUAGCGGAUUUUUCAGCGGUACGGCUAGACCCGGCGUCACUGACUCCGCUCAGAAAACACAGGAUUGGAUUGAAAAGCACUUUGAGGUGUUUGUCAAGAACCUGGACGGCAAAACGCUGACCAUCCCAGUGGAGCGUGACGAAGACGUGGCCAAGUUCCGAGCUAAGGUUGACCAGAAGACCGGCGUGCCCGGCUCCCAGCAGUACCUGACCAGUGCCGAGGGCCGGAAGUUGGAGGACGGUAAACGCCUCUGUGACUACAACAUCAAGAAACAUUCCACCAUCUACUGCCAGGGGCGUCUGCGAGGGGGGUGACACAUUCGUAUAAUGGAACAGUUGCCGCUUGUUGUUGUGGUUUCCUGAUACAAAUUUGUUUUUAUAGAAGUUACUAAUAAACAUUUUUUGAUAAC